AUGGCGCAGGGUGGACAAGUCCGUUUGCCUGAUCUGAGGGAGGUCCCGGCUGCCUGGCCCUUGCAGACCGUGCUCGAUGCCUGGGUCCACUUGAAUGCGCAUUGGGGUGAAUCCGGUACCCAGACAGCCAAUGCGGCGCUGGAGCCGCGCCUGGAGGAGCUCUGGGCCGCUGAGCCCGAAGCGGCGGCGCGUUGCCUCAAGCUCGAGCCGUCCGAGGGACCGCGGGCCGAGGCGCUGAGCCGCUACGGCCGGGCCGAGCGGGAGCGAUGCCAUGUGCGAUGCUUCACGGCCCAAGGCCUGGUGCGACAGGAGAGGAGCCCUGGGGUUCAGUCAUACUUCGACGUUCGCUGCCGGGAGUUGGCCCGGCGCCUGGCGGCGGCCGAGGCCAAGGCUGGGGAGGCGAAGCGGCGGCGCCUCGAGGAGAGCGCGAGCUCCGCUUCGAGGGAGCUCCAGGCGGCCAAGGAGGAGACCGCAAGGAACCAGCUGCGUUGCGAGGAGCUGACUUCUCGUGUGGCCGAGCUCGAGGCCGCUGCCUCAGAGAAGUCCAUGGAGCUCCAGGCGGUGCACGAGGAGCGCGCUCGGCUCGCAGAUCGCCUUGGAGAGGCAGAAGCGGAGGUCCGGGCUGCGCAGGACGAAGCGGCCAAGCACAAGGACCAGCACCGGCAACUGGAAGCUCGAGUCCUCGCACUGGAGGCUGAGAAGGCAGCUCAGCUCCAAGCCUCCGAGGAGCAGCGAAGGCAGCUCGCGGAGCGUUUGGCGGCGGCAGAGGCUCUGGUGUUGGCAAAGACAGCAGAGCUUGACAUGGCAAAGGUCGAGAUAUCAAAGCAAGCAGUGCAGAUUGAUCAGCUCGUGCAACAGGUGUCGGGGGCCCAGAGACUUGCAGCCGAAAGUCAGGGGGAGCUCCGCAAGACUCAGGAGGAGCUUCCAAGAGCGUUGGCUAAAGAUGAGGCCGGAAAGAGGGUGGACCUGCAGACCUUUCUCAUCGAUAAGAUCCAGGCCCUCUCAGAAGAGAAGGGAAAGUACAAGGAACGCUGCGAUCAGUUGCAGCUGCAGCUUACUGAGGCCAAGAAGCCGACUGGGCCCCGCGCCCAUCUGAGCGAUGAGCGCAGCUCUCUGUGCAGUGAGGAGUCCUGGGUGCAUCUGAGCGAAGCGGGCUCAGGGGCGCUGACAGAGAGCUGCACAUCUGGCAUCUCCGUUGACACGGCGGGGCCGCACUGCUUCAUGGUCGAUGCGACCUUCAAAGCAGAGGGCGGCAUCCUGGUUCCCGCCAAGGACCUCAGUCAAGGUUCGAGGAUCCUGGCCGCUGAUGGCACGGUGGUGGAGGUCGCCGCACCUCCAGAGCAGCACCAGGCCAACAAAACCGUGCUGCUGCAAGCCGGGGCCGCCACGUUGCAGGUCACGCUGGACCACCGCGUGGUGCUCCCGAAUGGCAGCACUGUCGAAGCACGCCGGCUUCGGGUGGGGCAGGAGGUCCUUGUCCAGGGCAUCCCCACGGAACUCACGAGCGUGGACGUGCUUCUGGGGCCUGUGGCCGUCUGGGCUGUUGCCUUCCUCCCUGACCGCCCCGUGGAAAUCUUCAAGUCAUCCAUCCAGAGCCACGGGCACCGGCUGAAGAAGGCCAGCCGCGGGAACCGCCGCGCCCGCAGCGCCGAAACGCGCUCGCUCCCGGCCACGGAGGCUGACUACAUGGACUGA